UAAAGUCGUCUAACCUAGCUACUUCGAAGAUCCAACAACAGUCUUCAACAGUCCAACCUUAUCGCCGCCGGCCGGCGACAACCAUCGGAGAAAGAUAUCGCCUGAGAUUGAGAAAUGUACAGGGACGUAUCGUCGUGCAAUACUUAUAACUACGCCGAUUCCAUUUACUGGGAUGCUCGCUAUCGUAAAGAAUCGAGCUCAUUCGACUGGUACCAGCGCUACUCAGCUCUACGCCCCUUCCUCCGCAAGUUCCUUCCUUCCUUUUCCUCUCGAAUCCUCAUGGUCGGAUGUGGAAACGCCGUUAUGUCUGAGGAUAUGGUGAAGGAUGGUUAUGAAGACAUAAUGAAUGUUGACAUUUCCUCUGUUGCUAUUGAAAUGAUGAGAAAGAAGCAUGAGCUUGUACCUCAGUUAAAGUACAUGCAAUUGGAUGUUAGAGACAUGAGUUAUUUCGAAGAUGAAACGUUUGAUGGGGUCAUUGACAAAGGAACGCUUGAUUCAUUGAUGUGUGGUACCAAUUCUCCAAUCAGUGCUGCCCAAAUGCUGGGGGAAGUGAGCAGGCUUCUCAAACCGGGAGGAACUUAUAUGCUGAUAACUUAUGGUGAUCCUUCAGUUAGGAUGUCUCACUUGAUUAGACCGGCUUAUGAUUGGAAAAUUGAGCUGUACAUAAUAUCUAGGCCAGGUUUUCAAAGGGCGGCUAGUUCUACGUCUCCUUCUCCAAAAGCACAGUUGCAACCUGUCCCAAUGACGGAGAAAGGCCUCCUCCAUCCGUCAUAUGUUUUAGAAGAUCCAGAUUCCCAUUUUGUUUAUAUCUGUAGGAAGAUGGAUCACACAACCAACAUUCAUCACAUACCCUCAUAUGCUCUUGAUUCUGAUUUGUUAUGAUGAAGCCAUAGCUGGAGCAUGCGUUGUUUGUAAGAUUAUAUCUUAAUUUUUUUCAUUUUUGAAUUUGUUUAAGAGUAUUGAAGGUGUGCAAGAGAUAUUGAAACAGUUAUAGGAUUCAGAAAUAAACAGUACCUUAUUUGAAUGUUGUAUUAUCUCUGGACUUGUUGUUCUAUAUAUGUUUGGUAAGAAAAGAAAGACAGUUUGUGAGUUUUAAUGGUGAAGUUUGUU